AUGUUAGCGAACCCGAGAAAACGACCGCAGUGCACAAAGUGCGGUAUGCUCAUGGCAGGACACAGGCGCAGAGGCGGCACCGUUCUCUGCCCCACGCCCUCUCUGUCGCCCGACCCAGAAGAUCGCAUGUGGUCCCAUUCCCCCUCAGUCCCGUCAGCCUCGCUCCCAUCCCCACCCGCCUCACCCCACGGCUCACGCGGCCCCUCACCCGGGUUCCAGCUCCCAGAAGGCAACAGAUGGCACUGGCGCAAUCCAAACUGGAUGUCCCCCGCGCGCAAGCCGCUAGGCCGCACCCCGAGCGACGAGCACUCUCUCGUCCCGACAGAACCCCUGACAGAAACGAAUGGCAGCAGCGAGAAGGAGAACUUGCCUGUGCACCGCAUGAACCCUCAAAUCGGCUACGAUGGCGAAGGGUCUCCUCCGUAUUAUGCAGGUGAUGGUGAGCGCUCGCCGUCGCCGCAGCUGUACGAGUCUCCGCUCGACGACGUACUCGGGAACAGCAUACCCCUCGCCGCCGUCUUUUCCAGCCCACGAGCCGAGGUCCCCCUCAUACGCCAAGUCGCCCGACGCGAAGGCGUGCACAUCGGGUUCGCACAGGCCCCUUCGCACGACGAGAUGGGACGCGCCGUGCCCGAGCUCGACGGUCACCAUUCGUGCUGGGUCGUCGUGGGCAGCGACGAGUUUGCGGUGAAGCACAUACUGGAUCUGCAACGGAGCAAGAUGCCGGGUAUGUUGGUGACGAAGGAGGAAGCGUGGGCGCCGGUGGGGUUUUUUCAUCUGGCUUUUGCUGGCGUUGUUGGUGGCCUCGUCGUCAUCUUUGGGCUGUUCCUCUUGUAG